AUGGUUGACGCCGAACCAGAGUCGAUCGGACCUCUUUGGAUUCGCCGUCAGGUCUUCGAGCAUUCCGUCGCAGUGCCGUUACUCACUUUCACAACUGCCUCUCAAAUCGAUUUUCCGAAGCUCGCCCAUGAACUUGUAAUUGCAUCCCAGACAAAUGAUCCAAAUGUUGGACCGGCCGUCUCAUACGAUGCUUGGGUAGCCGCCGCUGGACUACAUGCUCAACUCGAUUCUUCAGAAGACGCUGGAGUAAUCAUCGAAGCGUUAGAAACAAAUGCCCCAGAUGCAUUUGUGCGAUGCAAUGAUCCCAGCAAAUUAGCCCCGGGGCGCCAAGUCAGCUAUCGGCAACUGCUCAUCCCGGUCCCAGAGUUAUUGGCUUUUGUCAAGCUGCACGCUGCUGCUACUCUAUCUAGUCGUUUCCGUGAAACUGCUGAUGCAGUAUGGCCUGAAGCAGAGGGCGGCUCUGGUUCUGUCUCACCCGUCGGAGGUGUAUCGGCUGCUUGUCCGUCGAACCCAACAAAUGCGCGCCAUACAGGCUCCCCUCUAGCAAGCCCUUCAAGCCCUCAAUUGUUAACUCCGGCAGUUUAUCCAUCUCUCAGUCCGGCUUCUCCUCGCAUUCCACGCACAGCACACAUCGCAGCUGCGGAAUUGCCAACAGAAAAACUUUCUGCCCCUGUCGUCGUAGGGACCGGAAACCAGCCCAUCACGGCAUCUCCACCACAGACAAAUAGUGGGGCCAACACACCUCCCUCGCCGAAUCCCGCCCCCCCGAGCAGUCCCGUUCUAGAUGGAAUUGUUCGGAAAAAGACGCCUACUCAGUUGGGAGCGAUAGUGAAUUCUCAAUCAGCGAUCAUUGCUUCUGUGCAGCAUGCCUUUCAGAGAGAGACUAGGCUUGUUGCGAACAACUUGAAAAGCUUGCUUCUUAUUUUGGCUUCCGCUUAUGGUGUUGCACCAGAGAACAACUCGCCCAUAGAUACGGUGUCUUCCGAAACCGGAAUCGUGAUGGGAGGCGGGUCCAUUGCUGUCGAACAUGGAACCUUGUCCCGAGAAAGUCCCCAAGCAAAGCCACGUCGCUCGACAUCCCUGGGAUCAUCGUCCGAGGCUCUCAUGGAUGACGAAGCCUCGAAGUUUCCGGCACGGAAUUUACCGAUCACCAAGCAAAUGUUUGAACACUUAGCAUUUCUCGUAACCACAACAUCUGGUCCUGCUGGGUCUUACCGAUCCAUUGCUCGUGUAAUACCACAGUGGCGAGAAUGGUCGAGCGAUGUGACGGUGCCCUUAUGUGAUCUCACAGAUAUGCUUACAAGUGCUCUGAUUCGAGUUCCACUUCAAAAAGAAGUGGACGGCUUCUCAGAUGUUGCAGAGAUACGAGACUUGGACAAGAAAACAAUCCUCAGACGUUCGAUCCCCACCACAAAUGCAGGAAUCACGGAUUACCCGCAUGCAAAGGAGAUCCGAAUAUCAAAUUGCUCUGAUUCCCAUUUCUACCUCAUGAGUUCUUUUGGGAGAGUGUCUCUUAUUGCAUGCCAUAAUUGCACUCUUUUCGUCGGUGCAUGUGUUUCUCUUUCACUCAUCAAUUGUGUAAACAUGCGGGUACACGUGAUUGCGCGUGUUUGUCGUCUGACAAACUGUUUCGAUACCCAUGUGUACCUUUGCACGAAUAGAUCCCCUCAAAUUGUUGGUGAAAACCGGGGUUUACUAUUCGCACCGUACAACGCUGCAUUUGCGAAAGAGGAAGUGGAUCACUAUCUAGCAGUUAUGGGUAUUGAUCCUAAGGCCAACGCCUGGGAUUCCUUUUAUCGCCCUGCCCAUCGCUCCCGUUCUGCUGCGGACAAGACGGAUCCGGACUUGACCUCUGCAGUGGCGUCGGUACUACCGCCAGACUUGUUCCUACCUUUUGCCGUUCCUGUCGAGAAGAGGAAGACUCCAUCGGAUGAGGAUGUCGAUUCUAAGGGAAAAAUUCAUGGGAGUGAAGAAGAUCACGAAAGCGAUGAAGCAAACUCCAGAAUGUUGUUCGCUGUGCCUUUGCCCUUGCCAGAUGCAUAUUCCGAGCAAUUGAAGAAGAAAGGUAGUGAGGUAUUCAAUAUUCGCCGUGAGAUCAGAGCCAUAGAAAAGAAACAUGCAUCUAUGUCCAGUGCGACGCAACAAAUAGAUGCAACUCAAGAGGAUCAAAACACAGGUGGAAAAGAUGUGUCGAUGAGCGAUAGCGCUGGAGCUUCGCAAAGCAAAGUUGGGGAGGAGGAAAUCGAAGCGCCGAGCGUUACCGUCAAGAAAGGAGUGCUACAAUCACUUGUACAGGAGCGGUUCAAAGAGUGGUUAACUCAAUCCGGCAGAAUGAGGCAAAUUAGCGACCUGGUCCGCCUGAGCCCCGAUCAAGGUAUAUAA